UUUCUUUGGGAAAUGAAAAAUGGUAUCUGUCGUUAUAUGAUCCUUGUCAGUAUAUUUUGAAUUAAAUUAUUUCGUAGCAAAAAAAGUAGGCAACUUUGAUUAUUAUAAUAAUUAUUGUGUUUUUCACAAGAAAGUCAUUACAGACCCAAGAACCGUAUCAGCUACGUACCUUGACUACUAUUGUAUGUAAGAGAGCUUAAAACUUUUGUAGUUAUCCAGUACAUUAUUUUCUGUACUAAAAGACUAUAAGCUUGUUACGCCUAAUUCUUUGCCGUGUUAAUUAAUAUUCAAUAAGCUUAUAUUUCACAGCAUGUUUCUUUCCACAGACAUAAUGGACAGACUAAACAAAAUUAGUGUGACUGAAGACCGAAGUGAAAAGAUUAUUAAAGUGAUAGAUACUGAGCUAACGUUGAGUGGAGCUGUAAAUGAAAGCAAGGACAUAGACUUUGUUGAAGGAAUCAUCACAACGGUUAUUAAUAAAGCAAUAAAGAAAGUCGGAAAUGAAAAUGACUAUCUGAGAAUUCGCAACUGUGUUGACAAGAUUCUUAAAGACAUUGAAAGCAUGCCUGAUGUGGAAAUACUGCCAGCAGAACACAAGUGCAUUCUUCUUAAAUUUAAAUGUACGACUUAUAUAGGUAUAUUAAACCUGCUGAUGUAUUUGGAGAGCAGAAGCUUCUUGGAUUCUCUAAAUGAUCUUGCCCUUGCACUGAGUUCCACUCUUCCUAAUGUGAGCGGUCAAUUUAGACUCGAUAUGACAGUUACACCAGAAUGUAUGAAGGGCCUGCUAGAUGAGCUAAGUGAGUUGAUAUAUUUAUAUUUUUUCAGUUUAGCUUUUAAAAGAUCGCCCCAAGUAGUUUUUUUCUCAUAAUGUGCAACUUUACAGUAGAAACACAUUUUAAUCACACAUAAUUAAGCAUGGAGAUAGGUUUUUAAUCGGCUCGUAUUACGUAAUAAUUGAUAAUGAGAUCAAAAAUCUUAGAUUUAUAGUGGAAUUUAGACUCAUACAUUGUUUUCAACAUGUCUAUUUGCAGGAGUGAAAACAAUGGAGACUACGAAGUAUGAACGCACGAUACGAGUGCCGAUAAAGGUUAAACCAGUACAAGGAAUUAAACACAUAUGGUCGCUGUUUGAAACUGGCGGAGCUACACAUAGAUUGAAUGAAUUAACAGAAGCUGUUUACGAUGAGUUAAAUACAAAAAUAACAGUUACACCUUCUGUAGAUUUAGAGCAGGUACAGGCAGCUAUCAAGGAAGAAGGUAUAUAAAAAAUCAUUACCAUAACAUAUUGAUAGCGUGCAUGUAUAUAAGGUUUAAAGACAAGCCGGUUUGCUAACUGUACAGUCCAAGACUAUCAUUCUAACAUGUGAGUGUUCGAUUGACGGUGGAGGUGACUAUACUACCUGACAACUAGUCUUAGAAUUGACAUUGGACAACAAGGGAGGUGACAAUAAUCAUUGUCAAGCCAAUCUAAAGGUUGUGAGUGUCCGACAGAUAAGGAAAGAUAAGGAAGACUAUACUCAAUGACAAUCAAUCACAAGAUUUAUCAGAUUUUACAGUAACUACAUAAUACAAAACUCCUCCUAAAACUUGUAGAGGUAGUAAUACUCCCUUAAAUAUGAUUAAUACAUCGCAGGACAACAAUAUUGUGAUUUUCACACCUUACAAAUAACAUGGAUAUUUUUUGACAAGCUGUGAUAUCGGCGAAACCAGGUGUAAAAACAGUACAGGUAAGUUGACGGGACUGAAAAAUCUCAUCGAGCUAAACAAAAUAUCGAGCUAAUCAUAUCGAGG